AUGCAACUUGAAUACUCACAAAAACAUCUUUACCUUCAAUAUUUGGGGGUAUCAUUGAUUGCUGUCCAGUUUAGUUUUGACACCUGUGUGUAUCUAUCAAGCGUCGUUAGGUACAUCAAACAAUGUGGUUCAGAUGAUCCUGAGAGUUAUUUAUUCGUUCUCCAAGCAGUGUCUGCUGCAGUUCAGGUGUUUUUCUCAUUCUUUAUUGGAGAUAUUGCUGAGUAUGUUGGAUCAAUAAAGUGGAUCCUAAUCUUUCUAUAUUUUUUAUCAUUUGUGGGCAACUUCUUAUACUCGUGUGCCGGAGCAAUCUCUUUGAAUGCAUUACUUGGCGGCCGUAUUAUAUGUGGAACUGCGUCAUCUUCUGGAGCACUCGUUUAUAGUUAUAUCUCUGCUAUUACGAAAGAUAAGACGACAGUCUUCAAACUUUUUUCAAUAUAUCGUACAUCGGCUGGUAUAAGUAUGGCGUUAGCACAAUUGGUGGCGAUCCUCUUUGCCUUAUGUGAUUUCACCAUCAGAGGAUAUCAAAUCACCUCUUACAAUGCACCAACGUUCGCAUCAAGCUUUAUGGUAUUACUUAUUUGUUUUAUCCUUGUAUUUGUCUUAGAAGAUCCACCAAUCAAAAAGACUAGGAAGGAGCAAAGCUAUUUAAAUGCCUGGAAGAAAUUCUUUUGCGCAGAUAGUAACAAGCUAAUUGCUUGUAUAAUACUUCUCUGGAACAUGUUUCUCUCCACGUUUUUCAUGUGUGAAAUUCUCUACUUCAUGCCAAUUUUUUUAACUCUAAAAGUAGGUUGGAAGGUAGAAUAUGAGGGAGUGGCUUUCAUGAUAUCUGCUAUUUUAGGUGUGUCUGGAAGCUUCUUUGCUCCAAAUUUGGUAAAACUGUUUUCAAAGCUGAAUAGCCGGGCCACGCAAAACGACACAACUGACAGUAGUGGCAAUGUCAAGAUGGAAAAAGAAAAAACUGAACAAAUACGUGACAUGAACGAAUUACACAGGAAUCAGGUUUCUUUAACCAUAUUUGCAUUGUUUGUCGCGUUGAUAGGGCAAGCGUUUAUGAUCGGAGCCUCUGAAGCAUUGAAACACAAUGACUUACCGGAAACAAAUUCAGGUAUCUUCUUCACUUCUGGAAUGGCAAUCACCAUGACAGGCUAUAAUUUCAUGGGAUCCAGCGUCCCGGCAUUAUUCUCUAUGUACAUAGAUCCUCAAGUCAAAGUUCAACUAAUGCCAUUUAUAGGUGCUAUUGCAGGAAUUGGUAAAUUGGUGGCCCCAAUAGUACUUGCUGCGCUCUAUAAAACACCGCUUGGUCUAUCGAUUGGCGUAGGUUUUGGAAUGAUAUUAGUUGGUAUCUCUGUUCCUUCGUUAGUCUAUCUUCGGAUGAAAAAUAUAUGA